UUUUCAGCCUUCAUGAUUGGAAUCCAAUGGCACUCGUUGCUUCCUUGAAGUUUCCUUGGAUAAAGACUGCAUUUAACUAGCUAUUUGCAGAGUGCAGACUUUUGCUACCACUAUCCACACUUUGCUUCAGAUCUCAUCCAAGCAAAACCAGUCCCCGAUAUUGUUUCCUUUUCAACUAUUGCAUUUCUGAAAAUGGCUGAGGCUUUACUUGGAGCUGUGUUUGAGAAAUUGCUCUCCCUAGCUCAGAAUGAAUUUGCAACCAUGUCUGGAAUCAAGGGAAAGGCUAAGAAGCUCUCAAACACUCUUGAACUGAUCAAGGCUGUUGUUGAAGAUGCUGAGGAGAAACAGACAACAAACAAACCUGUAAAGGUUUGGCUGCACCAGCUCAAAGAUGCUGUGUACGUCCUAGAUGAUAUCCUUGAUGAAUGUUCCAUAAAAUCACUUCGACUUAAGGGAUUGUCCUCUUUAAAACUGAAGAGCAUCAAGUUUCGCUAUGAGAUUGGCAACAAGCUGAAAGAGAUUUCUAAGAGAUUUGAUGAGAUUGCUGACCAGAAGAACAAGUAUGUUCUGCAAGAGGGUGUCAGGGAAAGGUCAACUGAUGUAGCUGAAUGGCGCCAAACCAGCUCGAUAAUUCCCCAAGCUAAACUAUAUGGAAGAGAAGAUGAUAAGAGGAAGAUUAUGGAGUUUCUUCUCAGCCAAGCACGCGAGUCUGACUUCCUUUCCAUCUAUCCCAUUGUCGGCUUAGGUGGCAUGGGAAAAACAACACUUGCUCAAAUGGUCUACAAUGAUGAUCAGGUAACAAGCAAUUUCAACAUCAAAGUUUGGAUUUGUGUUUCUGAAAAUUUCUCUGUCCAGAGGAUUUUGUGCUCCAUCAUAGAAUCUAUUACAGAAGAAAAAUAUGAUUGCUUGAAUUCAGAUGUAACAGAAAGAAAGGUGCAAAAACUGUUGCAAAGUAAAAGGUAUUUUCUGGUUUUGGAUGACGUGUGGAGUAAAACUGAAGAAAUGGAAUUUGGUUUAACCCAAGACAAAUGGAAUAAGCUGAAAUGCGUGUUGUCAUGUGCAUCCAAAGGAGCUUCUAUUUUAGUAUCCACUCGUGAUAUGAAGGUUGCAGCAAUUAUGGGAACGUGCCAAGCUCAUCAUUUGUGCGGUCUCUCAGAGGAUGAAUGUUGGAUGCUCUUCAAACAAUAUGCAUUUGGAACUGAAAAAGAAGAGCGUGCAGAGCUGGUACCUAUUGGAAAAGAGAUAGUAAAGAAGUGCAGAGGAUCACCUCUUGCAGCACAAGCAUUAGGAGGUCUCUUGUUCUCAAGGUCUGAGAAAAAGGAAUGGCUUGAAGUUAUGGAAAGUGGGCUUUGGAAUUUAGAAGAUACAGAAAUCAUGAAGGAAGAUUUGAUACAUCUUUGGAUGGCUAAUGGGUUUAUUUCAUCUAGGGCAAACUUGGAGGUUGAAGAUGUUGGCAAUAUGAUUUGGAAUGAAUUGUAUCAAAAAUCAUUCUUUCAAGAUAUGAGGUUGGUUGAUUAUUCAAGUCAUAUUUAUUUCAAGAUGCAUGAUCUUGUCCAUGAUCUUGCUCAAUCAAUAAUGGAAAAAGAGUGCAUGGUUUUGGGCAACGCGAACAUCACAGAUUUGCCAACAAGCACCCACCAUGUCGGUUGUGGCUCUGGUUGGGAUGUAUUGUCGCUCCACAAGCGCGCCUUCGAGAAAGUUGAAUCCUUGCGAACAUUUUAUGAGUUAAAAAACAACUCCAAACAAGAAGUUUCAGCCACUAGUCAUUUCCCAACCCACCGCAGUCUUCGGGUAUUACGCACAAGUUCUUUCGAUUUAUCAUCACCCAAGAGUUUGAUUCAUUUGAGGUAUUUGGAACUUUUCGACCUUGAGAUGGAAACCUUGCCCGACUCAAUUUAUAGCUUGCGGAAAUUGGAAAUCUUGAAGUUGAAUAAUUUGAAUAAACUUGUUUGUCUACCUAAAGGCUUGACUUGCUUACAGGAUCUUAGACAUCUUGUCAUUGAAGGUUGUGAUUCAUUGUCUUGUAUGUUCCCUAACAUUGGAAAAUUAUCCCGUCUGAGAACGUUAAGUAAGUACAUUGUCAGUUCAGAGAUUGGGCAUAGCCUGUCAGAAUUACAUGACUUAAAACUCAGAGGAAAUUUGUGCAUUGAAGGACUAGAAAAUGUUGACAGUUUAUCAGAAGCUCAAGAGGCCAACUUGAUGGGUAAAAGAGACCUCUACAAAUUAGAGUUGGUAUGGAACCGGGAGACCCACUCAAAGCCAUAUGCUACUAAUCCGGAGCUAGUACUUAAUGCGCUUCAACCUCACUCAAAUCUCAAGAAUUUGAAAAUUGUAUACUAUGCAGGAUUACAAUUCCCAACCUGGAUGGAAAUGCUCACCAAUUUAGUUUCUCUUGAUCUUUAUGGAUGCAAGAUGUGUGUGCGGCUUCCCUCACUUGGUAAACUACCAUAUCUAAGAAGAAUUUAUAUAAGGGAAAUGGGUGAUGUGCAGUACAUGGAUGAUGACGAAUCUGAUGAUGGUGUGGAGGUGAAAGCUUUCCCGUCUUUAGAAACACUCUCACUAUCAGGAUGCUCAAAGUUAGAGCGGUUGUUGAAAGUGGAAAGAGGAGAGAAUUUCCCCUGUCUUUCUUAUUUGAUAAUUAAUAAAUGCCCUAAACUUGAGUUGCCAAGCUGCUGCAUUCCGUCACUCAAAAGCCUCAAUCUAUUUGAUUAUACGAAUGAGUUACUGAGGUCCCUCUCAGGUUUCAAUGGCCUUACCUCCCUUUGGCUUUCCCGUGGCGAUGUAGACCUGACAUCCUUCCCGGUGGGAACAUUGACUUCUCUUCAGACUCUGGGGAUAUCUGGUUUCGAGGUAUUGAAGGAAUUACCAAAUGAAUUCUUCAAAAACCUCAACAAAAUGGAGUAUCUGAGCAUCGGUAAUUGUAGGAAGCUGGAGUCUUUACCAGAGCAAGGGUGGGAAGGUCUCCGCUCCCUUCGAACUCUGGAUAUUUGGGGAUGUGGUGAAUUGAAAUCCUUGCCGGAUGGUGUUCGACACCUCACUUCACUCCAGGUUUUGAGUAUUGGUAACUGCCCAGCAUUAGCCGAGAGGUGUAAAGAGGGAACAGGGGAGGAUUGGGACAAGAUAGCGCACGUUCCCAAAGUACAAAUUUAUUGAUUCAGAAUUAGUUUUUGGGAUGUUUUAAAUUGAAAUCCUUGCCGGAUGGUGUUCGACACCUCACUUCACUAGAGGUUUUGAAAAUUUACGACUGCCCAGCAUUAGCCGAGAGGUGUAAGGAGGGAACAGGGGAGGAUUGGGACAAGAUAGCGCACGU